GUUCUGGCGAGAGGGGCUGUGUCCAAUCGCCUGCGACAUACAGGUCUUAUACUGCGCAGGGAUCGCAUGACAAGGGCUGCGCACAUCGGGACAGUUCUCUCUCGACAAGAUGGAAAAGUUGCCAUCGUCACUGGAGGCGCAAAAGGCAUAGGAUACCACACAGCAAAACAUUUGGCAAGACUUGGGAUGCAUGUGAUAAUAGCGGGGAACAAUGAAGCUGAAGGCAAUGAAGCGGUGACGAGGAUACAACAAGACACCCUGAAUGAGAAAGUGGAAUUUUUAUUCUGCAAUUUGGCCUCCACGAAGUCCAUACGGAAUUGUGUACAGAAUUUCAAAGCAAAAAAUCUGGACCUCCACGUUCUGGUUAAUAACGCUGGUGUAAUGCUUGUCCCAGAAAGGAGAACUCAAGAUGGCUUUGAGGAGCAUUUUGGCAUAAAUUAUUUAGGUCAUUUUUUACUGACAAACCUCCUAUUGGACACUUUGCGGAAGACUGGGACGAGUGAUUUCAAUGCUCGCGUUGUCACAGUGUCAUCUGCCACCCACUUUACCGGGCAGGUGAACCUCGAUGAUCUACAAAACAGCCACUGUUAUUCAGCCCAUGGCGCAUAUGCUCAGAGCAAGCUUGCCCUUGUGUUAUUCACCUAUUACUUACAACAUCUGUUGACUGUAGACGGUAGUCACGUGACCGCUAAUGCUGUGGACCCCGGGGUCGUUAAUACCGAUCUCUACAAGCAUGUAUGGUAUCCGGGGAGAUUUGUGAAAUGGAUGACCGGCUGGCUACUUUUGAAGAGUCCAGAAGAAGGAGCUGCCACCUCAGUUUAUACAUCUGUCUCACCGGACCUCGAAGGAAUUGGAGGCUGUUAUUUAUACAACGGUGAAAAAAUAAAAUCCGCUGAGGUGUCUUAUGAUAUAGAACUUCAGAAGAAACUAUGGACUGAAAGCUGCAAGAUGGCCGCUCUUCCGGUUUCAUCAUAAACCUGUUGUCUUCUUAACAUUUCACAUCCCUAGACUCAAGCCUUCCAGAUGUUUCCAUAAGAAUCUCAUCUUUUAUGGGAUUUAUUUUUGACAUUUAUCGCUCGGGAUUCAACGUAUUUGUUUAGUUAUUAAAAUAUAGCUCAAAUUACGAAUGUUGUAAUCAAAAUAUUCCAACAAUAUGUACAUACAAAGUACAAUUCAGUCAUCAACAUGAUUAUGUGCCGCUUUUGCCUGAAGGAUUCUGGCCUUUAAUUGCGUGCCAUGAAUAUUAAUGGGUAACUGUGAUCUGAUCGGGCAAGUUGUGUUCAUGUUUCAGAAGAAUCCUGGAUGAAUUCAUUAUGAUGUACAGCUCGCUUUGGGUAUCCUAAUAUGUUUCAUAUGAAGAGUAAAAUUAUUCCUUUGACGCACAUUGUGGCCUUAAAAAUGAUGAUGAGUUCAUUAGGUAUUCACUUGGAUGUAAUAAGCAAUUUCGCAAAGCUUAAGUUGUAAUCAUAGGAGAUUUGAGAAUUUGUUAGUGAGAUCCUAACUAAAAUAAUUUAUCAAAACUUUACAAAGAUAUAGUGAAAAAUUACAAUAAAAAAAAUAUUUUUUGCAUAGGUUUCCUUAAGAAAAGUAAAACCCUCUAUGAGACAAUUUAAUAAUUUAUAUCACAGGAAAUGUAUUCUUACUGUCUUAUUCCACCUGCAGGAAUUUGUCGGCCACCAGGGACCAUUAUUCAGUCAAAGAUUUUGGUUAAUUUUAUCUUUUAUCUCGGAAACAUUAUAGUAUUGUGCAACCACUUCUCCUCUUAAUAAACACAGAUAUGAAAAUGCA